AGAAGUUGUUACUUUCAACCACUUCCUCGAAGAAGCAGCCGAAAAAGAGGUGCGGGGAAAAGCCAGGCUCCAGCACUUCAUUGAGAACCUGUUGCAGCGCGUGGAUCUGGCAGAAAGGCAGCUAGAAUAUUACCAAAAUCAGCAGAUGGUGUGCAACCACACCAACAUCAGCGAGCAUGUGUUUACAGAUAUUUCAUUAAAUAAGAAACCCAGAUGCCUGAGCCGAGGAAGUCAAAAUGCUUCUUAUAACAUCCCUGACGCAAAGCCUCAUUCCUUUCAAAAAGGAAGAAUCUUGCUGAAAAAAGCAAAGGAUGAAAAAACCAGCUUGCAGCCAGUGAAAUGUUUCUAUGAACCUGUCGAUUGCUCAAGAGAAAUAUGGAGAGCCCAAAAGAAAGGUGAACCAGUCUGCUCUGCCAGGAAAGUGAGCGCAAAAUCGAAGAUGGGCAAAAAGGCCAAACCGCUAUAG